AUGCUCCGUUCCACAUUCACAGCUCUAUUCCGAGCUUCUUCCAGAAGCAUCUCCCAAACAGUCCCCCGAUUUUCAGCAGCUGCAAUAGGCAAGCAAGAUCCCAAAUUAUCCUUAUCCUACACUUGUAAAGCAUCAUACGAGAAAGGAGUGGUUAUUGUGACUUGUACCGGAUGUCACAAUCAUCAUAUCAUUGCUGAUAAUAUCGGCUGGUUUGAGGAUUUCAAAGGCAAAAACAUCGAGGAGCAUCUGAAAAGUAAAGGAGAACAAGUCAAGAAGCAAGGGACAACGAUAAGGAACGAGGAUGGAAUUUUUGAGAUUUAA